AUGGAUUCCAGUCAAGGCACUACGUCUGUGAUGCAAGUUGAAGUUCGAUUUGAGCAAGGCGGCUGGGCAGCUGGUGGACAAAUCGUCGAUUAUGAUACUGACGCUCAAACUGUGUCCGUCUUGUUUAACCAGGAAGCUCGCCACGACUUUCCUGUAACUUGUGUUCGCCCAGCUCUUCCGCCAUCCGUCGAAGUCGUCUUCGUUGAUGGCGACUCUGUCGAUAUCUACUACCAACCAAGCGCUGACAAGCCCGGUCUUUGGUACCCAGGCGUUAUCGACAAGUGCAAGGGCGACUUUUACAAGUGCAAGUUCCUGUUCUGCGGAAACGAGACGUCCGAUGUCUUCGAGUACAGCAACUUGCGCACCCUGAAUACUUCAACGCCUCUGUCCUCUGAAGACUUUCAUAAAUGCCAAGUUGUCAUUCCCGAGGAGCUCCAUGCCUACUGCGAAAAUAACCCAGACGCGCACCGGGACUUUGCGAAGGCUUGCGAGGCAAUGAGCGUUCGCUACCAUGCUGGAAGAAUCGUCGUUCUUUCGCGCAAGGACGUCUCCCGCCGAGUCGACAUGAUAAGCGAGUUCCAUCUCAAGAAUCUCCACCAAAAGAAGCACCUGGCCGAGCGAGUGGUCGAGGCGCAAAAGGCACUUGAGCAGUCUAAACUGGUCGCUGAAAGCUGCUCGGAGAAAUUCAAUGUGGACCCCGAUUUGCUCAAAUUCGUCGUUGGCCACAAAGGAGUAAAUAUUCAAAAAGCAAGAGCCGUGCCUGGCGUGAUUCAAAUCAAUAUCGAUGAUGAGCAACAUGCUAUUCACAUUUAUGCAGAUAAUGCAGAAGCAGCAGCGGAAGCCAGACAUAUUUUGGAAUAUACAGAAGAGCACUACUUGGUGCCUCGACCGCUCGUCGGACGAAUCAUUGGCCAAAAAGGCAAAUCAAUUCAGGAUAUUAUUGACAAAAGUCACGUGAUCAAAGUGCGAGUACUUUCUGAAGAAGAUGCAACGAACAUUCCAGGCGCUCAGUCUAAAGAUGUCGCCGUUUUUAAGUUUAUUGGCACCCGGAUCAAUAACCAAAAUGCGGUAGUGCUGAUGGAUUACCUCGUGCAGAGUCUGCGCGAAAUCGACGAGCUACAAGACGAGCAGUACGAAAUAGAAAAGCAGAUCAAGACGUAUCAGCCAUUCGUGAACACGUACCCAUACUUCCAGGAGAAGUACCAGGACAACAACACUUCUGGAUACUCUUCGGCAGAGGGAAAGAACCGUGGCGACGGGCCUAACAACGCGCCCUACAACAAGAAGCCUAACAACUUCAACAAGGGCAAACAGGGCCAGGGCAAUUUCCAGAAGAAGGCUCAGCCCCAACAGCAGCAGCAGCAGCAAUAUCGACCUCGGGAAAACCAGCCAGGACCUGAUGGAUGGAAUACUGUCAUUCAAAAACGAGAAAAUAAAAGGGCCAAACGCCCAAAAACAGCUCGUAAAGAAGCUAAAAUAGACUCCCUUGAAGAUUUUCCGAAGAUUCCCCGGGGACCCUACGCACGAGCUGUCGCUGGCGAGAAUGUUUCCAAGUAA